UAUGAGACCAGACUACUUCCUGCGUGAAGUCUGACUGCCCACUAGAAAGGACUGCUCUUCGGGUGAGUUGGACUUCUCGCACUGGAGAGAGACCAGAGACAGACUACGCCUCCAUCAUGUGGAACACCUCCAACAGCACCUUCUCCUGCCACCACGAGUCUGUACUGAGCUAUCGCUACGUUGCCGUUGGCUGGGGGGUGGUGGUGGCUGUGACAGGCACCGUGGGUAAUGUGCUCACCCUGCUGGCCUUGGCCAUCCAGCCCAGGCUUCGCACCCGCUUCAACCUGCUCAUUGCCAACCUCACACUGGCUGAUCUGCUCUAUUGCACCUUUCUCCAGCCCUUCUCUGUGGACACCUACCUCCACCUGCACUGGCGCACUGGUGCCACUUUCUGCAGGGUAUUUGGACUUCUCCUUUUCACUUUCAACUCUGUCUCCAUCCUCACCCUCUGCCUCAUUGCACUGGGUCGCUACCUCCUCAUUGCCCAUCCUAAGCUCUUUCCCCAAAUUUUCAGUGCCAAGGGGAUAGUGCUGGCACUGGUGGGCACCUGGGUUGUGGGUGUGGCCAGCUUUGCCCCCCUCUGGCCUGUUUAUGUCUUGGUACCUGUAGUCUGCACCUGCAGCUUUGACCGCUUGAAAGGCCGGCCUUAUUCUACCAUCCUCAUGGGCAUCUACUUUGUCCUGGGGCUCAGCAGCGUUGGCGUCUUCUAUUGCCUCAUCCAUCGCCAGGUGAAGCGAGCAGCAAAAGCCCUGGACCAGUAUAAGCUGCAGCAGGCAAGCAUCCGCUCCAACCAUGUGGCAGGGACAGAUGAGGCCAUGCCUGGUCAUUUCAAGGAACUGGACAGCAGGCCAGCAUCAAGAGGGCCCAGUGACGGGAUUUCCUCUGAGCCAGUCAGUGCUGCCACUACUCAGACCCUGGAAGAGGACUCCUCAGAAAUGAGGGAGCAGGGCAACACCAAGGUGCCUAAGCACACAGCAGAGAAAAGCCCUCCAGAAGGACCUGCCAAGUCCCAGCCAACUAAAGGAGCCCGGAGAGCUCAGGACUCUCCAUCCGAAUUUGGGAAGCAUCCAUAAGAGAAUAACCUGAAGACAUGGACCUCAGCCAGGUGUGGUGGUGAACAUCUGUAAUCCCAGCACUCGGGAGGCUGAGGCAGGAGGAUCACCAGGAGUUGGAGGCCAAGGUGGGCAACAUAGUGAGUUCAAGGCCAGCUUGAACUGAAUAGUGAGACUGUCUUCAAAACAUGGACUUCAUUUCUUCCUUCCUUCCGGUUUUCUUUCAUAGGCUAAAAGUCAUCCUAUUCACUGUUUUCAGAGUCUUCACAAACAAGGAGAGAGCAAGGCUGAGGUAGGAAGAGUUUGGUUUUGGGAGCAGGAUCCACAGGACCCCAGACUUCCAGCCUCUUGCAACCUCUGGCCUAGUAUUCCCUCCCAUUGCAGGGAGGUCAGCCACUGCCCACAGCUCUGGUCCCUGGCUGCUUCUCUAUGCUGGUGAUAAAUCCUGUCUUUGUCUCCCCUCUGAUCCAGGCCCCAGGCAGGCUGGGGUCAGAGGCUGGGGGAGGGGUCACUGUGGAGGAGGGGAAGUUACAAGGGGAGUGGGAGUAGAAGAGGGACUGGAGCAGCUGGUGGGCAGGCUUGGGGGUGGCCAGUGAGGGGAUAGGCCUCUUGAUUCUAUGGAUCUUGGACAUUCCAGCAGGCCUGCAUUCCAACUGAGAAAGUCAGGAUUCCUGAGAAGAAGUAGAAGUACCUCAGAACGCUUCCUCCAGCAUCAGGAAUUCUGAGGCUGGGGGGAGGGGUGGGGAGGUUGGUUUGAGGUGCCUGGCGCGGGG